CGUCAAAAACAUCAAGUUUUGAUGAAGAAGAAUUGAUAAAUAUUUUAAAUAACGAAGAACUCAAAUAUUUAUUUCAGAUUGACACAACACUUCUUUAUGAGAAAGAUAAUAAUGGUAUAAAUAAACAAGCAUUUGAGAUAUCAAAAAAUGAUAAUAUUCGUAAAAAGAUUAGUGAAAUUAUUCAAAAAAAUACGAGACAGAAAGGUUUUGUAGUAGUAGGUUGUGAUUCAACUGAUAUUCUUCCCGAUGCUAAAAUUAAACUUUAUUUAACAGCUAAUUUUGAAACACGUGUUGAUCCGCAAAAAAUAUCUGAUAAUAUUGAUACAACAUAUCUUGAAAUAUUAGAAGUUGUUGAUUUGAUAUUGAAAAAUGUUUUUAACAA